AUGUUGCCAGGUGCUCGCAGCAAUAGAACAGCAGGUCAAGAGCAUUGUCAGGAAACUGACGACAAGUUCUUAAUACUUAAAAGAGUUAGCAUACCACCAAAUAAUAUUUUGGGGCACCUUAAGAAUAAGACAUUAAAGGAUUGUAGUGAAGUUUGCCAACACUAUCCAAGAUGUAAUUCUUAUCAGUAUAAUAAAAAAGAUAAAUUAUGUGACCUGAGUAAUGCAACUCAGGCAACCCCUGAACUUAGACCCAACAAUGGAAAGUGGGAUACUUACAUCUUUAAAGAAGCUCACAGAAAAAUUGACUGUGGACCACCAAAAGAUGUUGCUGCUGCAAAAAAGUCCUACACAUCCACCACCUAUAAAUCUGAAGUGACCUAUAAGUGUCCAAUGGCACAUGUAUUGAAAUCAGUGUGCAAAGAGGAUAAUAAAUGGACUUCUGUAGUGUCAAGUUGUAAAGAUACUCUGAUCCAGUUUGUGAAAAUAAAAGAUGCAUUUCUUGAUACAUAUGGAAAAUCACCAUUGAACCAGAAAAAUGCAACACCAGAAGAAUGUGCAACAAAAUGUUUGUCUUACUCAAAUUGUUUAUCGAUUGAAAUGGAUAAUGAAAAUGGGAAAUGUUUCUUAUCAACAAAAUCUGCAACUUCUUCCAAGACAUUAAAAGGAGCCAAAAGGAAAGAUUACUACCAACGUAUAAAACUUUUUAGUGAGAUUUUUAAAUUUAAAAAUGCUUACAUACCAAAGCAUGAUACUUUUGGACAACUGAAAAAUGUGAGCUUAAAUGAGUGCAAACAUGUUUGUUAUCAGACUUCAGAGUGUAACUCUUAUGAGUAUAAUGAAAUAACUUUGCUAUGUGAUCUAAGUAAUGUAACUCACCUGACUCAUGACCUUCAACCCAACAAUGAGGGUUGGGAUAUUUACAUAAUUAACCCAGUUUUCCUGGCUGUUGACUGUGGACCUCCAAAAGAUGUAGUUGGUGCAUUGAAAUCCUAUAAAACUACCACCUUUAAAUCUGAAGUGAUGUACACUUGUGAAAAUGGAGACCAACUUAAGUCAACUUGUGAAAAGAACAACAGAUGGUCUCCUGUAGAGAAUGCUUGUAACGUUUCUGUAUUAUAUUUUGUGAAAAUAAAAAAUGCAUUGCUGGAUGUAUCCAAGAAAACAUUGUUGAAGAAGAAAAAUGUAACAGCAGAUGCCUGUGCAGAAGAAUGUGUGUCUGACAAAAGCUGUUUAUCAUUUGAAAUAAUAAAAAAAAGUGGAAAAUGUUACUUAUCAAAGAAAAGUGCAGCUACCUCUAAGAAUAUAAAAGUGACCAAACACAGGGAUUACUACCAACGAGUGAAACAUGAUGGGAAACAUAUUAAAUUUAUAAAAGUUACAUUACAAAGAAGACAUAUUUUUGGACGGCUUAAGGAUAAGGACUUAAAGGAGUGUAAUCAAGCUUGCCAUGACUUUCCAGGAUGUAUUUCUUAUGAAUACCGUGCGAAAGAUAAGUACUGUGACCUGAGUAAUGAGACUCAUGAACUUAUACCCAAAGGUGUAGGUUGGGAAACUUACCUCAUUAAUAAAGUUUUCUCAAAAGUUGACUGUGGACCACCAAAAGACAUUGCUAUUGCAUCAAAAUCCUACAAUACUACUUCCUAUAAAUCUGAAGUGACCUAUUCUUGUCCAGGAGGACAUGAAUUAAAGGCAAUAUGUAAUGAAUACCAUAAAUGGGCUCCAGAAGUUACUGCUUGUAACGUUGCUGAGACCCAUUUUGUGAAAGUAAAAAGUGCAGCUCUAGAUGUACCCAAGAAAACAUUAUGGAAUAAGGAAAAUGUAACAGAAGAAGCUUGUGCAGAAAAAUGCGUGUCUGACAAAAAGUGUUUAUCAUUUGAAAUAAUUAAAAAAAGUGGGAAAUGUUACUUAUCAAAGGAAAGUGCCGCUACCUCUAAGAAAAUGAAAGUAGACAAUAGCAGAAAUUAUUAUCAACUAGUAGAACCCAAAGGUGAUCUUUUUACAUUUAAAAACACUAUCAUAGUUGAGAAGGAUACUUUUGAAACACUGAAAAAUGUGAGCUUAAAGGAGUGUUAUAAAACUUGCCUUCAAAAUCCAGGGUGUAACUCUUUUGAGUAUAAGGAAGAGGCAAAGAUCUGUAAUCAUAGUAGUGUCAAUCACUUGACUUAUGACCUUAAACCAAGCAAAGAUAGUUGGGAUACUUACAUCAUUAACCCAGUUCAUGAAAAAGUUAACUGUGGACUUCCAAAAGAUGUUCCUGGUACAUUGAAGUUCUACAAAACCACCACCUAUAAAUCUGAAGCAACCUAUACUUGUUCAAAAGGAGAACAACUAAAGUCAACAUGUGAAAUUAACAACAAAUGGACUCCUAUUGUAUCAAACUGUACAGUUGCUCAGAUCCAUUUUGUAAAAGUAAAUGGUGCAGCUAUGGAUUUAUCUAAGAAAACAUUGUGGGAUAAGAAAAAUGUAACAGCAGAAGCCUGUGCAGAAAGAUGUGUGUCUGACGAAACUUGUUUAUCAUUUGAAAUAACUAAAGAAAGUGGGAAAUGUUACUUAUCAGAGAGAAGUGCAGCUGCCUCUGAGAAAAUAAAAGUAGACAAGGGCAGAGAUUACUAUCAACAAGUAAAACCCCAUGAUAAGCCUUUUGUGUUGAAAAAAGUUAACAUACCAAAGCAGGAUAUUUUGAAACGGUUUAAGAAUGUGAACUUAAAGAAGUGUAAUGAAGCUUGCCAUCAAUAUCUAGAAUGUAAUUCUUAUCAGUACAAUGAGAAAACAAAGUUAUGUGAUCUGAGUAAUGUGACUCAGUUGACUGAUAAACUUAAACCCAGUGAUGGAAGUUGGGAUGUAUACGUGAUUAAUCCAGUUUACACAGAAACUGACUGUGGACAGCCAAAAGACAUUUCUGAUGCAUCAAAAUCUUACAACACCACUACCUUUCAUUCUGAAGUGAGCUAUUCUUGUCCAGGAGGACAUAAGCUAAAAGCAAUAUGUAAAGAAGGCAAUAGAUGGCUUCCAGUAAUGACUUCUUGUAAAGUUGCUGAGACCCAUUUUGUGAAAAUAAAAAGUGCAGCUCUAAAUAUAUCUGGGAAAACAUUGUGGAAAAAAGCAAAAGUAACAGCAGAAGCCUGUGCAGAAAGAUGUGUGUCUGACGAAACUUGUGUAUCAUUUGAAAUAAUGAGAAAAACUGAGGAAUGUUACUUAGCAAAGAAAAGUGCAGCUACCUCUAAGGAAAUAGAAGUAGACGAUAGCAGAGACUACUAUCAACAAGUAAAACUUGAUGAGGAUAUUUUUACAUUUAAAAAUAUUAUCUUAGAUGUGCAGGAUGUUUUUGAACCACUGACAAAUCUGAGCUUGAAGGAGUGUAAUGGAGCUUGUCGUCAGACUCCAGGAUGUAACUCUUAUAAGUAUAAUGAAAAGAGAAAGUCCUGUCAUGGAAACAAUGCAACUUACUUGAUCCAUGACCUGAAGCCAAACAAAAAGGGUUGGGAUACUUACAUCAUUAACCCAGUUUUAGCAAAAGUUAACUGUGGAACUCCAAAAGAGGUUGUUGGUGCAUCAAAGUUCUACAGUACCACCAAAUAUAAAUCUGAAGUGAUCUAUAUUUGUCCUGGAGACGAAACACUAAAGUCAGUAUGUGGGAAGGACAACAAAUGGACUUCAGUAGCUCCUAUUUGUGAAGAUACUAAGAACCAAUUUAUGAAAAUAAAAGAUGCAUUUCUGGAUGUACCCAACAAAACAUUGGUGGACAGCGAAAAUGUAACAGCAGAAACCUGUAUAGAAAAAUGUUUAUCAGACAAAACUUGUUUAUCAUUUGAACUAACUAAAGAAAGUGGAAAAUGUUACUUAUUAAAGGAAAAUGCAGCUUCUUCCAAGAAAUUAAAGCCAAACGAAAACAGAGAUUACUACCAACGAAUUAAACCCAAUGAAGAGCAUAUUAUGCUUAAAAAAGUUAGUAUACCUGGGCGAGAUAUUCUAGAAGUGCUUCGUAAUAUAGACUUAAAGAAGUGUAAUAAAGCUUGUCAUCAAUAUCCAGGAUGCAAUUCUUAUGCAUAUGAUGAGAAAAAACACAUCUGUAGCCUGAGUGAUGUUUCUCAGUUGACUGGUGAACUUAAACCCAAUAAUGUAAGUGCCGAUAUUUACAUCAUUAACCCAGCUUACACAAAAGUUAACUGUGGGCCUCCAAAUGAUGUUAUUGGAGCAUCAAAGUCUUACAAAACCACCACCUAUAAAUCUGAAGUGACCUACUCUUGCCCAAAGGGAGAAAAACUAAAGUCAAUAUGUAACAAGGACAACAAAUGGAGUCCAGUAGCACCUGUUUGUAAAGUUUAUGCACACAUUAACUGUGGACCUCCAAAGGAAGUUGUUGGUGCAUUAAUGACCUACAAAACCACCAUCUAUAAAUCUAAUGUGACCUAUACUUGUCCAAAGGGAGAACAGCUAAAAUCAACAUGUGAAAGGGGCAGUAGAUGGACUUACGUAGUGUCUGCUUGUAAUGUUACUAAGAUCUAUUUUGUGCAAGUAAGAGGUGCAUUUCUGGAUAUAGCUGGGAAAGUAUUAGUUGACGAGGAAAAUGUAACAGCAGAAGCCUGUGCAGAAAAAUGUUUGACUGACAAAACUUGUUUAUCAUUUGAAAUAAAUAAAGACAAUGAAAAAUGUUACUUAUCAAAGGAAAGUGCAACACACUCCCAGAAAAUAAAAACAAUCAAAGCCAUAGACUACUAUCAGCGAGUAGACCCCAAUGGAGAGCCUCUUGUGCUUAAAAAUACUAGCAUACCAAGCAAACAUACAUUUGCACAUCUUGAGAAUUUAACCGUAGAUGGUUGUCAAGAAGCUUGUUAUCUAUAUUCAGACUGUUCAUCAUAUUCAUUCAAUAUCAAAGCUAAGGUCUGUGAACUGAGUAAUGUGACUGAGUUGAGUAAUUUAAUUCACCAUGACAGUGAAAGUUUGGAGGUACAUGUUCUUAACCCAGCUCACAGAAAAAUUAACUGUGGUCCACCAAAAGACAUUACUGGUGCAAAGAAGUCCUACACUGCCACCACCUAUAAAGCUGAAGUGAUCUAUACUUGUCCAGGAGGAGAAACAUUGGAAUCAGUAUGUAAAGAGGAUAAUAAAUGGACUGCAGUUGCAUCUGAUUGUAGAGAUACUCAGAUGUAUUUUGUGAAAGUAAGUGGUGCAAUUCUACAUGUAUCUGGGAAAAUAUUGUGGAACAAAAACGUAACAGCAGAAGACUGUGCAAAUGAAUGUUUAUCUGACGAAACUUGUUUCUCAUUUGAAAUAAGCAGAGGAAGUGGAAAAUGUUACAUAUCAAUGAAAAGUGCAGCUUCUUCCAACAAAUUAAAACCAACCAAUAAAAGAGAUUACUAUCAACGAAUAAGACCUGAAGAUGAACUUUUUAUAAUAAAAAGAACUUCCAUACCAGGGCAGGAUACAUUUGGAACGCUGAAAAAUGUGAGCUUAAAGGAGUGUCAUCAAGCCUGUCAUCAAACUCCAGGAUGUAACUCUUAUGAGUACAAUGAAAGAGCUCAGAUCUGUGAUCGAAGUAAUGCAACUCACUUGACUCAUGACCUUCAACCCAGCAAAUGGAGCUGGGAUACUUACAUUGUUAACCCAAUUAAAGCAAAUAUUAACUGUGGACUUCCAAAGGAAGUUGUUGGUGCAGUGAAGUUCUACAAAACCACCACCUAUAAAUCUGAAGUGACCUAUACUUGUCCAAAGGGAGAGCAACUAAAGUCAACAUGUGAAAAGAACAAUAAAUGGUCUCCAAUGGUAGAAACCUGUAAAGAUCCUCAGAUCCAUUUUGUGAAAGUAAAUGGUGCAGCUCUGGGUGUAUCUGGAAAAAUAUUGUGGUAUAAGAAAAAUGUAACAGCAGAAGCCUGUGGAGAAAAAUGCAUGUCUGACGAAACUUGUUUAUCAUUUGAAAUAAUAAAAGAAAGUGGGAAAUGUUACAUAUCAGAGGAAAGUGCAGCUACCUCUACAAAUAUGAAAACAGACAAUAGCAGAGAUUACUACCAACGAGUAAAACCCGAUGUUAAGCCUGUGAUGCUGAAAAGAAUUAGCUUACCAGAAGAGGAUACUUUAAAACAGUUUGAGAAUAUGGAUUUAAAUGAGUGUAAUAAGGCUUGUUAUCAAUCUCGAAGAUGUAAUUCUUACCAGUACAAUCAGGAAGAUAAAACAUGUCGGCUCAAUAAAGUGACUCAGUUGACUGAGAAACUUAAACCCAACAAUGGAAAUCAGGAUGCUUACUUCCUUGCUCCAGCUUUUAAAAAUAUUAACUGUGGACCACCAAAAAGAGUUGCUAAUGCCUUAAAAUCCUUCAAAACCACCACCUAUAAUUCUGAAGUGAUCUACACUUGCCCAGGGGGAAAUGAAUUGAAGGCAACAUGUAAAGAGGACAAUCAAUGGGUUCCGAAAGUGUCUUCUUGUAAAGUUGCUCAGUACCAUUUUAUGCAAGUAAAAGAUGCGAUUCUGGAGGUAUCUGGGAAAAUAUUGUGGAAACAGGAAAAGGUAACAGCAGACAUGUGUGCAGAAAAAUGUCUGUCUGACAUUACUUGUUUAUCAUUUGAAAUAACUGAAGAAAAUGGAAAAUGUUACUUAUCAAAAGAAAGUGCAGCUAUCUCUAAGAAAAUAAAUACAGCCAAAAGCAGAGAUUACUACCAACGAAUAAACCUCAACGAUGAGUUUGUUGCAUUUAAAAAAACUUUCAUACCAGGACAUGACGCAUUUCCACAGCUGACAAACAUGAGCUUAAUGCAGUGUUAUCAAGCCUGUCAUAAAACCCUAAGAUGUAACUCCUUUGAGUAUAAUGAAAGAUCUAAGCUCUGUAAUCGAAGUAAUGUGACUCAAUUGACUCACAACCUUAUACCCAACAAAGAGGGUUGGGAUAUUUACCUCAUUAACACAGGUUUCCAAAAAAUUGACUGUGGACCUCCAAAAGACGUUGCUGGUGCUGUGAAAAUUUACAAAUCCACCACCUUUAAAUCUAUAGUGACAUAUAAUUGUCCAAGGGGAGGAGUAUUUAAGUCAAUGUGUGAAAAGGACAAAAAAUGGACUCCAGUACCUCCUACUUGUGAAGCCUAUGCAGACAUUGACUGUGGAACUCCAAAGGAAGUUGUUGGUGCAGUAAAGUCCUAUGAAACUACCAUCUAUAAAUCUGUAGUGACCUAUACUUGUCCAAAGGGAGAACAGCUAAAGUCAAUAUGUGAAACGAACAACAAAUGGACUCCAGUGGCAAAAACAUGUAAAGAUUCUGAAAUCCAUUUUGUAAAAGUAAAAGGUGGAGCUAUGGGUGUAUCUGGAAAAAUAUUAUGGAAUAAGAAAAAAGUAACAGCAGAAGCCUGUGCACGAAAAUGUUUGAUUGACGAAAGAUGUUUAUCAUUUGAAAUGAGUAAAAAAAAUCGAAAAUGUUACUUCUCAAAGGAAACUGCAGCUACCUCUAAGAAAAUGAAAAAAGACAACAGCAGAGAUUAUUACCAACGAGUAAAACCCGAUGAGGAGCCUAUUAUAUUUAAAAAAGUUAGCAUACCAAAGAAGUUUAUUUUAGAAAAGCUUAAGAAUAAGACUUUGCAGGAGUGUAAUGAAACUUGCUACCAAAAUUCAGUAUGUAGUUCUUAUGAGUACAAUAAGAAAGCUAAAUUGUGUGCUCUGAGCAAUAUGACUCAGUUGUCUGGUAAACUUCAACCUAACUAUGGAAGCUGGGAUACAUUCCUCAUUCAGCCAGCUUAUACAAAAGUUGAUUGUGGACAACCAAAAGACAUUGAUCGUACAUUGAUGUCCUACACUACCACCACCUAUAAAUCUGAAGUAACCUAUACUUGCCAAGAAGGAGAAAAGUUGAAGUCAGUAUGUAAAGAGGACCAUAAAUGGACUCCAGUGGUGUCUUCUUGUAAAGUUUCUAAGAUCUAUUUUGUGAAAGUAAAAGGUGCAGUUCUUGAUACACCUAAGAAAACCUUGUGGGAUAAGAAAAAUGUAACAGUAGAUGCGUGUGCACAAAAAUGUUUAUCUUACAAAAAUUGUUUGUCAUUUGAUAUAAAUAAAGUAAGUGGAGAUUGUUACUUCUCAAAGGCAAGUGCAGCCUUCUCCAAGAAAUUAAAACCAACCAGUGGCAGAGAUUACUACCAACGACUAAGACCUUAUUAUGAGCUUUACACUAUUAAAAAUGCUGCCAUACCAGGGCAGGCUAAUCUUGGACAACUGAGAAAUGUGGAACUAAAGGAAUGUGAAAAAGCUUGCUAUCAAAUUCCAAGAUGUAAAUCUUAUGAGUACAAUGUAAGAGCUAAGAUCUGUUAUCAUGGUAAUGUGACUCACUUGAUUCAUGACCUUGAACCAAGCAAAAGUGAUUCAGACACUUACAUCAUUAACCCAGCUUUCUCAAAUGUUGAUUGUGGGCUUCCAAAAGAUGUUGUCGGUGCAUUAAAGUCUUACAAAAGCACCACCUAUAAAUCUGAAGUGACCUAUACUUGUCCAGAGGGAAAUCAAUUAAAGUCAACAUGUGAAAAGCACAAGAUAUGGAGUCAAGUAACACCUACUUGUAAUGAUCUUCAGAUUAAUUUUGCGGAAGUAAAAGGUGCAAUUCUGAACAUACCUGGGAAAAUAUUGUGGAAUAAGAAAAAUGUAACAGUAGAAGCCUGUGCAGAAAAAUGUUUGUCAGACAAAAAAUGUUUAGCAUUUGAAAUAAAUAAAGAAAAAGGAAAAUGUUACUUAUCACCGCAAACUGCAGCUUCCUCCAACAAAAUAGCGCCCACCAAAAGCAGAGAUUAUUAUCAACGAGUAAAACCCGGUGACAUGCCUUUUGUGAUGAAAAAUGUUAACGUACGAAAGAAGGUUACUUUAGGACAGCUUAAGAGGGUGAACUUAAAACAGUGUGGUAAAGCUUGCGGUCACUAUGCAGGUUGUAAUUCUUAUCAGUACAAUGAGAAAGCUAAAUUAUGUGAUCUGAGUAAUGUGACUCAGUUGACUGAUGAAUUUAAACCCAACAAUGGAAAAUGGAAUAUAUAUGUGGUUAACCCAGUUGUCUCAAAAGUUGACUGUGGACCACCAAAAGACAUUGUUGGUGCAUCUAAAUCCUACAGUACUACUACCUACAAAUCUGAAGUAACCUAUAUUUGUCGAGAAGGAGAAGAAUUAAAAGCAGUAUGUAAAGAGGACAAGAAAUGGGCUCCAGAAGUCUCUUGUAAAGUUGCUGAGGUCCAUUUUGUGAAGGUAAAAGGUGCAGCCCUGGCUGUAUCUGGGAAAACAUUGUGGGAUAAGCAAAAUGUGACAGUAGAAGUAUGUGCAGAAAAAUGUUUGUCUGAGAAAAUUUGUUUAUCAUUUGAAAUAAAUAAAGAAAAUGGAAAUUGUUACUUAUCAAAGCAAACUGCAGCUUCCUCCAAGAAAAUAAAGAAAAGCAAAAGCAGAGAUUACUAUCAACGAAUAAAUCCCGAUGAUGAUUUUUUGACAUUUAAACGAAUUAACAUAUUAAAGCAGGAUACUUUAGGCCGGUUGCGUAAUGUGAGCUUAGCGGAGUGUGAUGAAGCUUGUUAUGAACUUGCAGAGUGUAAAUCAUAUGAAUAUAAUGAAAAGACUAAGCUCUGUGAUCGAAGUAAUGUGACUCAAUUGACUCAUGACCUUCAACCCAACGUAUGGGGAUGGGAUAUUCACAUCAUUAACCCAGUUCUUGCAAAAAUUAACUGUGGACCUCCAAAUGAUGUUGUUGGUACAAAGAAGUCCUACACUACCACCACCUAUAAAUCUGAAGUGACCUAUACUUGUCCAGGAGGAAGAAAAUUAAAAUCAGCAUGUAAAAGGGAUACAAAAUGGACAUCAGUAGCACCUUGUGAAGCCUAUGCAGACAUUGACUGUGGAAAUCCAAAAGAUAUUGUUGGUGCAUCAAAGUCUUACAUAGCCACCACGUAUAAAUCUGAAGUGACCUAUACUUGUCCAGAGGGAGGUCAAUUAAAGUCAACAUGUGAAACAAACAACAAAUGGACCCUAGUGGCAGAGUCCUGUAAAGAUCCUCAGAUUCAUUUUGCGAAAGUAAGAAGUGCAGCUCUGGAUGUAUCUGGGAAAAGAUUAUGGAGUAAGAAAAAAGUAACAGCAGAAGACUGUGCAGAAAAAUGUUUGUCUGACAAAACUUGUUUAUCAUUUGAAAUAACUAAAGAAAGUGGCAAAUGUUACUUAUCACAUGAAAGUGCAGCUCUCUCCAAGAAAAUGAAACUAGACACUAGCAGAGAUUACUAUCAACAAGUAAAACACAAUAAGGAGCCAAUUAUGUUUCAAAACGUUAGCAUACCAAAGACUACAUUCGGACAGUUUGAGGACAUGACUUUAAAGGAGUGUAAUGAAACUUGUUAUCAAUAUGAAGGAUGUAAUACUUUUCUGUACAAUGAACAAGAUACGUUAUGUGAUCUGAGCAAUGUGACUCAGUUGACUGGUGAACUUAAACCCAACAAAAAAGGUUGGAAUAUUUACAUAGUUAACCCAGAUAUUACAAGAGUUGAAUGUGGACCUCCAAAAGAUGUUGUUGGUGCAAAGAAGUCCUACACUAACACCUCCUAUAAAUCUGAAGUGACCUACACAUGUCCAGGAAAAGAAAUAUUAAAAUCGUUAUGUAAAGAGAACUCUAAAUGGACUCCAGUUGCAUCUAAUUGUAAAGUUACUAAGCUCCAUUUUGUGAAAGUAAAAGGUGCAGUUCUUGAUACACCUAAGAAAACCUUGUGGGAUAAGAAAAAUGUAACAGCAGAUGCGUGUGCACAAAAAUGUCUAUUUUAUGCAGAUUGUUUAAUGUUUGAAAUAGACAAAGGAAGUAGAACAUGUUACUUCUCAAAGCAAAGUGCAGCUUCCUCCAAGAAAUUAAAACCAAUGAAAGGCAGAGAUUACUACCAACGAAUAAAAUCGCAUGAUGAGAUUUUACCAAUUAAAAGCACUUCCAUACCUGGGCAGGAUACUUUUGGACAGCUGGAAAACGUGAGCUUAAAGGAGUGUGAUAAAGUUUGUCAUCAAACUCCAGGAUGUAAAUCUUAUGAGUAUAAGGAAAAAGCUAAGACCUGUGAUCGAAGUAAUGCAACUCACUUGACACAUGACCUUGAGCCCAAUAAAGAGGGUUGGGAUACUUACAUCAUUAGCCCAGAUUUCUAUAAUACUGACUGUGGACCUCCAAAAGAAGUUGUUGAUGCAGUGAAGACCUACAAAACCACCACUUAUAAAUCUGAAGUGUCCUAUACUUGCCCAAAAGGAGAACAACUGAAGUCAACAUGUGGAAAGGACAACAAAUGGACUCCAGUAGCAUCUGCUUGUAACGAUAUUCUGAUCCAUUUUGUGAAAAUAAAAGAUGCAGCUCUGGAUGAAACUGGGAAAACAUUGUGGAAUAAGCAAGAUGUAACAGCAGAUGAAUGUGCAGAAAAAUGUUUGUCAGACCAAAAAUGUUUAUCAUUUGAAUUAAAUAAAGAAAAUAGAAAAUGUUACUUAUCAAACAACGCUGCAAGUUCCUCCAAGAAAAUAAAGAAAGCCAAAAACAAAGAUUACUACCAACGAGUAAAAUCUGAUGUACCUUUGAAGCUUAAAAGAGUUAGUGUACCAAGAAUGACUACUUUAGGACAACUUAAGAACAAGACCUUGAAUGAGUGUAGUGAAGCUUGCUUUCAAUAUAUAGGAUGUAGCACUUAUCAGUACAAUGAGCAAACUAAGUUGUGUGAUCUGAGUAAUAUGACUCAGUUGAGUAAUGAACUUAAACCCAACAAUGGAAGUUGGGAUAUAUACAUGACUUUGCCAGUCUUGACAACAAUUGACUGUGGACCACCAAAAGAUGUUUCUGGUACAUUGAGAUCUUACAAUACGACUUCCUAUGAAUCUAACGUAACCUAUACUUGUCAAGAUGGAGAAAUUUUAAAGGCAGCAUGUAAAGAGAACAAUAAAUGGGCUCCAGAAGUGUCUUGUAAAGUUGCUCAGAUCCAUUUUGUGAAAGUAAAAGGUGCAGCUCUGGAUGUAUCUGGGAAAACAUUGUGGAAAGAGAAAAAAGUAACACCAGAAGCCUGUGCAAAUGAAUGUCUGACUGAUAAAAAAUGUUUAUCAUUUGAAAUAAUGAAAAAAAGUGGGAUGUGUUAUUUAUCAAAAGAAACUGCAGCUACCUCUAAGGAAAUGAAAUCAGACAAAAGCAAAGAUUACUACCAAAAAGUAAAACGUAAUUAUUCUUUGGGUUUUAUCAGUGGAAUUCUCUUUCCUUUUUUUCCUGAGAUUUGUGAUUCUAUUUGUACUUCAUUGUAUAUAGACAACCAUUUCUGA